GCUUUUGUGCGAAGGGGAGGGGGGAUUUCGGACCCCAUGUUUAUGUAAGAGCGCGCGGCUUUGUGAACUACGGCGACUGCUGCUGUGGAUUUUAGUUGCUUUUUUGAAUUUCCGUCUGUGACUUUGAGAGGCCCAGGGGACUCGGGAACUAAACUGAUCUGUACUAGUCGUGAUGCCAAAAAAGGAGUUCCCUGGAUCAGGUACCAACCAAGGAAAGAGUUCAGGAAAGAGAAAGCGAGAUGCUGAAGAGUCUGGUUGCACAGGCCAUCUGAAACUGAAAAUGAGGAAGACUAUGAAGCUUCCUGAGAAAUCCAGGAUCUUUCCAAAGAUACCCACUUGGUCAAAUACGGGCAUUUUUAUGCAGAAACAUCGCAAUGUUGUUCACUAUCUUUAUCGGAAUGCACUGGGACAGGAUAUCGGACCACAGUUUCGGCAGUGCCUUCAGCAACCAUUUGUUCGUUCUCUGAUGUCUUACAGACUGUUCCGUACAGCCAGCCCCUUUGAUCGUAGAGUGACUUGUUUAGAGUGGCAUCCCACACACCCCAGCACAGUGGCAGUAGGCUCCAAAGGAGGUGACAUAAUUCUGUGGGACUACGAGGUGUUGAAUAAGACCCACUUCAUUCAUGGGAAAGGAGCAGGGGACUUCAUAGGAGGCAUGAAAUUCAGUCCGUGGGAACCAGGCCAUCUCAUCACAGCAUCUGGUGAUGGUACGCUUAGUCUGCAAGACAUCAGUGAAGGCAGAGGGAAGAUGAUGACACUUUCAAAGACUCCAGAUUGUGAUCAUGACCAUCACAAUGUCUGUUUCUGGUAUUGCAGUGUUGAUGUCUCGGCUACCCGGCAGCUUGUGGUUACAGGAGAUAAUGUAGGAAACACAGUGCUUCUCGGUAUGGAUGGCAAUGAGAUCUGGAAUCUCAAAUUGCACAAGAAAAAGGUGACCCACGUGGAAUUUAAUCCUCGCUGUGACUGGUUACUCGCAACAGCCUCGGUAGAUCAAACUGUUAAAAUCUGGGACCUUAGACAUAUGAAGGAUAAAAGAAGUUUUUUGCAUGAGCUUCCUCACAAUAAGCCUAUUAAUUCAGCUUAUUUCAGUCCCAGUGAUGGUGCCCGACUCCUUACAACUGACCAGCAUAGUGAACUCCGUAUUUACUCCUCUGCUGAUUGGACUAAACCAGAGCAUGUUAUUGCACACCCACAUCGACAUUUUCAGCAUCUGACUCCAAUUAAGGCAACUUGGCACCCUCGUUAUGAUUUGAUUGUGGUCGGUCGCUACCCUGAUACUCAGUUCCCAGGCUACACUCUUGAUGAGCUGAGAACAAUUGAUGUGUUGGAUGCCAACUGUGGAGAGAUUGUUUGCCAGCUUUAUGAUCCCAAUGCUGCUGGAAUUAUCUCGUUGAGCAAGUUUAAUCCAAUGGGAGAUACACUGGCAUGUGGAAUGGGUUUCAACAUUUUAAUCUGGAGCCGUGAGGAAAUGGUAGCAAUGAAACAAGAGGGCCUUCUGAAAGAAAUGAAGGAGCAGGGCAUUGGUAGAAAUUCUGCAACUCGGAGUACACCGCGGCGUUCCAGAGGAACUGAAAGCUCAAACUCAAACCAGGCAAAAUAUAAAGGAAUAGUAUGCAACCUAUCUCCUCAGAGUACAAAAACGAAAGGAAAGGAAAAUGUCAAAACGCAGCAGCAAAAGCAUAAGCGUAAAGAACCAGGAGAAUGAUGACAGCAAAACACCUUUCUGACUGUUUGGAAGGUUUGGGAUUGAGGUGGCCUUCCGUCACUGGAAUAGAAUCAAAUGUAGCCAGAUGUAGACUAUUAUUUGCUUGUACUGCAUGCACAUUGUUGACUGCAAUAUGAUACUUGUAGUACACAUAGCUCUUUACUCUGCAGAAAUGUUCACAGCUGACAGCAGCAGAGGACAUUCAGUACUGUUUGCUUUGUGUCCUGUAGAGGAAAAGUGGUGGUGUUGUGACAUGCACUCUACUUACUUUGAUUGCUUUGUGCAUUUAAAGUAUGUACUUCUGCAGAGUACAUAUGCUUGUUUGACAUGGUUUUAUCUUAUUGAACAGUCUACGAUGCAGAGGCAUUAGGUGUUAAAUUUUUACAUGCAGUGAUGUGGUUCAAAUUUUGGAAGGCAUGACAAACAUAACAUUGUAAACUGUACACCAUAUCUGCAUUGUUUAAAUGCAGGUUGUAAAUGGAUUGUGAAUAUGUUAUUAUUCAGUUUGCUACCAGAAAGGUCUGCAAUUGCUCCUUCUUAAAGAUGAGAAGAGGGAGCAGUGGGAAGCCUUUUUUAUAUUUAAUCUAAGUUUAGUAGUUUGAUAAUGAUUGUUUACCAGGUGCAGUCCUAAGAGAGAACAUUUUUCCCUUUAACUUUUACUAUGCAUGGUAUAUUUCCAGGAGUCUUAGUGGCUUUCAUUAUAAAGGGACACUUACAGAAUGUAUUUUUGUAAACUUAGCACACUGUGUUGAGAUUUCAGUUGUACAAAAUACCAUUUAUUUUUUAUAGUUUUGUAAUGUGUUCCAUAUUGUUUUCUUUAUGUUAAUUGUGGAAGUAAAAAAAAACAACUUUCUAGAAUUAUAUAAGCAAUACAGCCUUCAGUCCAUGACAGGACUUCACUUAGCAGUACUGAGAAAUAUUUCAGAAAACCUCAGAAAAAUUGCAAAGUGUGCACACACACGAGUCAAUGCUGCUAAUAUAUGAAAACAGUGCUGCAAUUUUCAAAAGCAUUGAUUAAUUCCUGCAGUUAGGUGUUAUCAAAAUUGAUGUUUAAAAUCUAAUGUGCCAUGACUAUAAGAUCUUAGUCAAAAAAGAUAUCUUGAUAUGAAUGGCAUUCAAUUUUGACCAAUGUAUGUAACCCAGCAUCUGCAGCCACAACCUGUUUGCUAUCCUCUGGUUUCCUGCAGAAAGAGUGUUUAGUCAGGAUUCAGCCCUACUUAGUCUGGUGAGGCUUUUCAGGUUCCUUCCGGAAGCCAUGUUUACAGCAGGGUCUUGAGCUACUCACCCAGUCAGAUGUUGCCCUGUACACAGGGUGAGCUUGUUUUCAUAAUUUGUUCCUCUGUAAUAAAUUUAAAUAGAGUGUUCUCUUCAGAAAAAAAGGUAUAUUUUUUCAUUGUCUGCUGUGUAAUUGUUUCUAAGGCACUAGUCAGUGCUGCGAAAGUAGUAAUGUUUAACAUUCUUGUUAUAAGCUUUGUAGUUUCACUGUCUGAAACAUUUUGCAUGGACUUUCUAAAGUCUCAGAAUUUGCAUUUCAUUCAGUACUGUUAACUUUUUAUCUUAUGCUAUUUUGUAAUUGUAUUAUGAAUCACGUUUUGGAAAUCAAGAUGUAGUGAAUGAAAAUUUUAAAACAA